CCGGCUACCUGACUGAACCUUUACACUCAUCCUGAGAUUUGAAGAUAAUGACUCGUAUUUUAAAGCAGCAGGGGCGACUGAACCGCUGGACAUUCUUGUGCAAAUGCAAAUAAUAUUUGCAUUUGCAAUCCUGACUUGACUCACUCUCACUCUUUCUUUGGACUUGAGUUGUCUCAACUUUCCUUCUUGGGACGAAAGGUCGUUAACAUGGAGGAAUCCCAUGUUUUGAAGGCCCCUCAUCAUGAUGAAUGAUAUCUUUUGGGGAAAAGAAAUUACAUGGAGGUGGGUGCAAGGCGAGAAUUUGUCACCGCUAUGUUUAAAUACUGGAGAGGGCAUCUUGCAUUCUCACAUUUUCACAUCGAUCAAACUUUUUGAAGUUUUUUGGAAACUUUAAUUUUUGGUUUGAUCUUUCAGACAAUUUAAAUUUUAAAAGUACAAUUAUUUCACUGAUUUGAAUUUAGCUGCAGUGAAACUUAAUAUAAUAACUUAUAAAGUCAAAGUUAGUUAAUAAGCGAAUAUGAAGAUUGAAGAGGUACGGAGUACGGCGAAAGCGCAGCGAAUCUCGGCUCACUCGCAUGUCAAAGGUCUCGGCCUGGAGGAAAAUGGCAGCGCAAUUCCUCAAGCGGCAGGUCUCGUUGGGCAGGAGGAGGCUCGCGAGGCUGCUGGGAUAAUUGUGGAUAUGAUCAAAAUGAAAAAGAUGGCUGGACGUGCCAUCCUGUUUGCUGGACCGCCGGGAACUGGAAAAACUGCUAUCGCUCUCGCCAUGGCGCAAGAACUUGGGUCUAAGGUCCCAUUCUGUCCAAUGGUGGGGUCCGAAGUAUACUCGUCCGAAAUCAAGAAAACGGAAGUCCUCAUGGAAAAUUUCCGCAGAGCGAUCGGACUGCGAAUCAAAGAAACGAAGGAAAUCUAUGAAGGCGAAGUGACCGAAAUUACCCCACUCGAGACGGAAAGUCCCCUCGGCGGAUAUGGAAAGACCAUUAGUCACGUCAUCAUUGGAUUAAAAACGUCCAAAGGAACGAAACAGCUCAAAUUGGACCCCUCAAUUUAUGAAUCUUUACAAAAAGAAAAGGUCGUUGAUGGUGACGUGAUCUACAUCGAGGCCAACUCUGGCGCGGUGAAACGUCAAGGUCGCAGUGACGCUUUUGCGACCGAAUUUGACCUCGAGGCCGAAGACUACGUGCCCCUUCCCAAAGGCGAAGUUCACAAAAAGAAGGAAAUCGUUCAAGACGUUACUUUACACGAUUUGGACAUUGCCAACGCACGACCACAAGGCGGACAGGACAUCCUUUCGAUGCUGGGACAACUCAUGAAGCCGAAAAAGACUGAAAUUACGGAUAAAUUGAGGAAAGAAAUUAAUAAAGUUGUCAACCGAUAUAUCGACCAAGGUGUCGCCGAGCUAGUUCCAGGCGUCCUUUUCAUCGACGAAGUGCACAUGCUUGACCUGGAAACGUUUACUUAUCUCCACCGCGCCCUGGAAAGUUCUCUCGCGCCCAUCGUCAUCUUCGCGACGAAUCGGGGUCGUUGCGCCAUCCGCGGGACGGAGGAUAUCGUAUCAGCACACGGAAUCCCGAUGGAUUUGUUGGAUCGACUCGUCAUCAUUAAAACGUCGCCAUACACGAAAGAGGAAAUGCUCAACAUUUUGAAAAUUCGAGCAACCACGGAAGGUCUUCAGUUGGAGACGGAAGCUUUAACGGAGCUGAGCGAAGUUGGUGAGAGGACGACGCUCCGUUACGCCGUCCAACUUUUGACGCCUGCCUCCAUCACGGCGAAAAUUAAUGGGCGAACCGUAAUCAAGAAGGAGGACGUUGAUGAAGUCUGUGGUCUCUUCAUGGAUGCGAAAUCAUCCGCUAAAAUGCUGUCAGAGAAUGAUUCCAAGUACAUGAAGUAG